GCCGCGGCCAGCAGCAACCCGCGCCCCGGCCGCAGCGAAUUUCGCAGUGAUCCUCUCUGCAAUAUAUAAGAACGCGCGCGACAAACCUUUAGCUCGCGUUCUCUGAUCCACCUUCGAUUUCGUGGCCGCACGCACACAUACAGACAAACUAUCACACACACAUACACGCACACAUACACAGGCGCACGAAGAGGAGUCGCGCGUAAUAAAAUCAUUCUAUAUUAUACUGCAUCAUAUAUCGCAUCCUCGAAACGGGUUGUGCGUCGUAUACUGCGCUCGGUGGUGUGCUGCACUGCACUGUGCUGUGCCGUGCACGCGAGCUGAAUCUUUCUGCGCGGAGUCGUGCGUGUGCUCGUGUGUGAUUAAAAUACUUAUCGAUAGUGCACCUUCUCAUAUAUGGUUUUGCAAACCACGACGACGACGACGACGACGACGACGAGAGACAGGCGGCACAGAGAGUCGGAGUGCCAGAGAUAUCGUAUAUAUUUUUAUUCAUACGUGUCUGAGUUGGCUUACGUAUGCCGUGUAUAUAUGUGACACAACGCGAUCGACACUCUCGACCCUACCAAAAGACCAGAGAGCUCCACGACCUCGAUGAGAGAGAGAGAUAGAAUACGACACGCGUAGACAGUAGACACACGACUGUGACGACUGCCGGGACGACUAUAUUUAUAUUAUAACACGCGCGUGCGACACGGCACUCGUCUCGAGAGAGCCGACAGUGAUUGAAUCCUUUAUACUGUAUUAUUGUAUACGUUUUUGGUGGCCCGUCAUCUUAUGCAGAGCUUGUCGCCGCCGGGGAUGGACCUGGUGUCGACGUCGUUGCAAGCGCAGCAGCAGCAGCAGCAACAGCAGCAGCAGCGGUCGUCCACGCCGACCUCGCCGAUAUCGACCAAUAGUCAGCCGUCGGCGAUGACGACGACCACCGCUGCCACCGCCGCCGCCGCCGCCUCCGUGGCUGUCGCCGCGACGACGUCCGGACAGCAGCAGCAGACCACCAACGCUACCGGCACCGCCACCACCAACGGCGUGCACCUGCCCGCGGACUCGGCCGAAUUUUGCGAUCGCUGCGCCAAGACAGCGGCGAUCGACUUCGCCCACGGCUUCUGCACCUACGUCAAUAGCCACCUGUCGGAGCAGGACAGGGCCAACCUGUCCUACAAGGACUUCCUGCGCAGAUUCGUCGACACGUUCUGCGAGCACUUCGAGUGCGAGUACGCUCAGCUCUUAGUCAAUAUGCCAACUACUAGUAAUUUUCCAAUGUCUCCCUUACCACUGACUCCAGUGAGUCCCUUGACACAAGAUGAGAAUACCACUCAGUCUGGAAGUGAUGAUAACCAUGUCACUUCGCCUAAAUCUAGAGCAUUCUUCCGUAGACUUUCAUUCAAAGGUCUUAGAAAGGGUAGAGGUCUAUUUCAAAAAUCACCCAGUCAAGAAAAAUUGGCUCUAGAACGUCACAUGGAAAAAAUGGCUAAAAAGUUAGCCAAAAUACAAGUGGAGUGUCGAAAAGAAGGAGUUGUCAGUGCCAUAAUUAUUGAAAAUCAUUCAGAACCUCAAAAAUUAGAAAAAUGUAAACUUAUAUUAGCUAAGGCUGAUGCCGGCUACUUUAUGGAAUUUUUCACAACAUCGAAAACUAAACCAGUCUAUGGUAUUCUUAUUUCAAGUAUUCUUGAAGUUAGAGAAACCACUCCACUAGAAAUGCCUGACAACGAGAACACUGCAGUGUUAAAAACUGCUGAUAAAGAAAUAAUUAUUGAAGCAAAAGACAAUCCAGAAAUCAGGCAUUGGAUAGCUACGAUUAAGUAUUGUAUAAGAGAAACUUAUGGGUAUUAUAGUGACUCUUUUUCACAUGGUACAAGUAUGAAUUUAGAAAAUGAAAGGGCAAGAGCAAAUUCAGCCAGCAAAAGUACUAGAUCUGCCGCUGAUCAGUUAGAUGAACAUGGUAACCCCCCAGAAUUGCCCCCCCGAAGAGCUAGAAGCAAUAGUAAUCUUGAACUGUGUACCUCGCAACAAGAAAUAGAUCGAAUGAAUUAUGACACUGAAAUGGAUUUAACCACCACCUUACGAGAAUUCCCUUGGUUCCACGGUUGUAUACCAAGAGCUGAAGCUGCAAACUUGGUUUUACACAAGGCAGAAGAUGGACAUGGUACAUUCUUAAUCCGACAGAGCGAAACGCGUAAAGGCGAAUAUGUUCUGACAUUCAAUUUCCAAGGAAAGGCAAAGCACUUGCGGAUACACUUGAAUGAGAUGGGACAGUGUCGUGUGCAACAUCUUUGUUUCCCGACAAUGUGUGAUUUGUUAGAGCAUUUCCGCCAACACCCGAUCCCUUUAGAGUCCGGGGGUACUGCUGAUGUUAAAUUAACGGAGUACGUCGUGGCCCCUCGGCACUUGCCACAUGCCCCUCCUGUUACGCCUUCGUCCUCCAUGCCGGCUAUUGCCUCUGCCGCUGCAGCAUCAUCGGCCACCACCUCGGGCGCGUUCGUAUUAUUAGCGAAUGCAACGUCGACGUUACUCCAGCAGCAGGAGCAAAAUCGCCAACAACAGCAACAACAGGAAAGGCGACCCGCUGCGGCUAUAGAGCUAAGAGAAGUACAAACGUAUGGUGGUUCAAUAAGGAUGCGGGCUGAGUCACUGGAACGACUGGAAAAUCAAUUUCAGCAGCAACAACAACAACAACAACUUCAACAACAGCAACAACAAAUACCACAACAACAGCAGCUGGCUCAAGAAGCUGAUGUUUCAACGAGUAGAGCAGUUCAAAAUGCUUACUGCUUCCUCUGACGCUGGAUGCGAAAAGCUGGGUAUCGCCCUGUUACGUCUGACUAACAGGCUCGUAACUUUUGUUCGAAAGAUUUGGAAAUGGGAUACUGAAGUGUUAGUUUGUUCUUUUAAUUUUUAUGAAAAAACUAGAAAAACUGAUUCAUGAGAUUUUGCGAAAACAUAUUUGGCGAGAACGAAAUUUUAUUUUAAUGUUGCGCUUUUAAUAUUGUGAUUUUUUAAUAUUUAUUAAGACUAUUUUAGAAUAGCAGUCUUCGGUUAUUAAUAAAUUGAGUUUUUAUUAAUAUAUAUUUAUAAAUAUAUAUACUGGAUAUAUGCAAUGGACUAGUAAAGCACAUAUACAAAUGACUGUGAUUUAAGACUCUAAAAUAUAAGAAUUUUCACGAGAAAUAGUCCAGUAGAGUGUAUACAUAAUGUACGGUAUGUGUACCUUGGGGGGUUUAGGUAUACUUUUUCAUGCAAUUUAGAGAUUUUAAGUGUAUUUUAAAUUAAUUGUUUAUCAUCAGACACUUCAGUAUAACAUUUUUCGAUAGCCUUGACUAAUUAAUUUGUAACAAUUACAAAAUUAUAAAUUAUUUUAAAUAGAUUAGUUUUGUGCGAUAUUUAAUUAACGAAAUUCAUGUGCAACGAGUAUAUCUAUGUAUUCAUGAGUCAUGAUACUUGAUACAAUAUCAUUUUUCGAAGUUUUUCAUACCGUGAAUGUUGCUUAUUGGCAUAAGAAACUUUUAAUCAAUUUUAUCGACAAUGUACGUUAAGAUUUACACGUACGUGUCUGUGUUACGCUCUUGUGCAUUGUGUGCGCUUAUUCAAAGACAGUUUAGUAGACUUGUAAUAAUUGACAUGUUCGAUAUACAUAAUCGUGAAUCUAUCUGUGUUACUUUAUUAUAAUUAUCAAUAUUCAGUUUAUGUACCAAACAAUAAAUGUUUAUUCCUUAAUAGUUAACAAAUAAUUA